CCGAGCCAAAGGCAGGGAGCAGCCCCUGGCCGGCGGCCAGCCGUCUCCCUCGCAACUACCUCCCCCAGGCCGGCCGCUCCGCAGAGCGGGAUCCUCCUGCCUCCGGUCCUACAAGUCAUAGCGCAGAGCAACCCGCGGCAGAGCUGCCAGCCCGCCCGGGGCAACAUGUCCGGCACCAAAUACGUAGACUCGGAGGGAUUUUUGUACACGGCGCCCAGGGAGCAGGGCAACAUCUACAAGCCCAACAACAAAAUGAUGGCAGAUGAGCUGGACGAAAAGACGGUGCGCGACGUGCACACCAAAGAGAUUGACUUGGUCAACCGAGACCCUAAGCACCUCAACGACGACGUGGUGAAGAUUGAUUUUGAAGAUGUGAUUGCUGAGCCAGAGGGAACACACAGCUUUGAUGGGAUUUGGAAGGCCAGUUUUACCACCUUCACUGUAACAAAAUACUGGUUUUAUCGUUUACUAUCAGCAAUCUUUGGCAUUCCUAUGGCUCUCAUCUGGGGCAUCUACUUUGCCAUUUUGUCCUUCCUGCACAUCUGGGCGGUGGUGCCAUGCAUAAGGAGCUACCUGAUCGAGAUCCAGUGCAUUAGCCGCGUCUAUUCUAUCUGCAUCCACACGUUCUGCGACCCACUGUUUGAGGCUAUAGGCAAAGUGUUCAGCAGCAUCCGAGCCACAGUACGGAAAGAGAUUUGAGAGACGUUACAAGGAGCGCUAUCAGCCUGGGAAGGGGGUAGGGGUUUUGUGUUGUUUGGAGUGUUUUGGUGCCAGUUUCCUGUUUCCCAAUGCAACAUACAGCAACUAGUGGUGAAUACACUGGCCCAAAACAAAUAAUCACUUCCUCAGUUUCUUUUUGUACUGUUUAUUCUUACUGGACUACUUGCCUCUCUUUUUCGCUUUCUUUCCUCCCUUCAGUUUGCAUUUCAAACUAACCUUAAAUGGCUAUAAUUCCUUGACGGCUGCAUAGCAUUCUGCUGGCUGUUGAAUUCAGAGACUGAAGUGCUGGAUGCCUUUUUCUCUCACCCUUUUUUCCUUGUGAGAUAAAUCCACAGUAAUACUGAAGAUCGACAAAAAUGCUUUCCAACACUAUAAAGCCGUUCAUUUUAUUGUGGCAAAAGAACACAGAGCUAUUGCAGCAGAGUGAACGUGACCAGCUGGCACGUUUUAGAAGAAUGUUCUUUUUCAAUUGGAUUGUCAGUUGACUGCAGCUAUUUACAGCCAUGGUCAGAUAUGGUGCACUACAAACAAAUCAGUUAAGUAAACAAAUUACUGAGCUAAUAUAUAUCCUGAAAAUCUAACACUUUAUCAAGUUGGAGACAUUAACAUGUGAAAGCUUUUCAUGUGCGCAAAAAGCUUUGGUCAGUGCCUUCCUGUCUUAUCCUCUCUUGGAAGUUCGCAUCCGGCCGUUUCUCAACCGUUGCUAGGAUUGCAGAAGCAAUCUGCAGUUGAGAACUAAAGCUGGUCAUUAUGGAAAUGUUUUCCUGACUGUGACUUUUGACACAUCCCUUAGCAAGUAUUUAGGUGCUUAUCUCAUAAGCGGCUUCUUUUUUUUUUCCCAAAAGUAUUCCUGUAAAUACAUAUCGCAGGUAUGCCAGAGAUAACCCUGAGUUACAAGGAAAAUGGUGUGCCAAACACAAGCCACUUGAGGCCAAGGCAGAGCUGCCCCUGAGAGAAGCUUUCCUGUCAUCUCUCAAAACUUCCUUGUCAGCAGAAGUCAGCAUGCCACUAGCACACAGAUUAUUUUCUGGAGAACUGAUGCUUUGCUGAGUCUAAACUAAUCCAUCACAAGAGGUGGUUUAGAAACUUUACAUUUGUGGGUUGAUCUGUUUGUUUUCGGCUGAGCUGCAACAUCACGAAGUCUUAAACAGAGGUGUUGUGUGAAACUACCGUGUUGCAAAGUGCAAGGCCUAGAAAGCAAAGCCUUUGUGACAUGUUUUGAUGCUGUGACCUGCAGGAGCUUUUUGCCUUCAUGAUUAUACUGUGUUCAGAGAUGCACUCUGCAUCCUCAUACAUUUUUCCAUUUGUAAAGUAUUGUGAGGCUAAUCAGCUUUAUUUUAAACCUGAGCCUGCUCCAGUCAGGAUCUCCAGCAAACCAGUUCUUGACCUCAGAGAGUGCAAGGUUUGGCCCUUGGGAUGAGCACGGAGCUGUCUGGUACACCUACAGCUUUUUUAUUUAGCGCUGGUAUUUCACAUAUUGCUUUGUCUAACACAGGAGUGCCUUUGGUUCAUUUUCUGCCAAAGCAUUGAAAACUUAGGAAAUGCUGCAUUUUUUAAUUGGGGGGUGGGGAGAGUAAGGGAGAGGGUGCACAAAAAUACAAAGCUAUUAACUACUAUUGUUUGCAUUUAAAACAGACACUGGUAUGGAUAUAGUUUUAUGUUUUUCUAUGUACAUAAUGAAGAGUGUACUAUUGUAGGUUUUUUCAGUUUUAAAAGCAAGUGAGACUGUAAACAAGAAAUAUUUUAUCUUUUUAUGAGGCAAAUCACUCUGAAGAAAACCUUCUUGAUUUACCAUAUAAACCACAUAUCCUGAAAGAUGUCUGUCCACUUAGAGUUAUUAGUCCCUAAUCCAAAUACAUUGCUGAUCCAAGACAUUUACAUUGUUGUUAUACACUUACACAUAUAACUGACACUUUAUUUUUUAAAUUCUGCAUGUACAUUAAAGACUACAAUAAAAAGAUGUUUAAUGGUA